AUGAUCGAUGAACCGUCGGCGAGUGGACUACAACCAAUUCCUGGAGGGAAAAAUCGAGGAGAAAGUGUGACGAACAAAUUGGGAUCCCAGGAGAGCGGGAAAUUCAGUCAAACAUUCACUUUCGGACAAGGGAAAAGAAAAGAUGCGGCGCACGACUCGGGAUUUGCGAUCAACUCUGUAGAUGACUGCAUUCGAGGGUAUUUUCCGAGAGCUCGUAGCGGUGGAAGCAUCAAAACGAGAGUGGAACGAGUCUCGAAGAGGUACCAUUCAGACAGCGCGGUGACAAAAUGCGAGAAAUUGCCAUCGGUUGGCUGCCAACUUUCUGCAAACAAUAAUCAAAGCUUCAACGAAUCGAAAACCGCGAUUCAGCAACGCACUUCGCUCGCCUGCUUUCGCCCUUGGAGCAAAACGAGCAUCGAAUUGCAAAAGUACAAAGACUCGCUGCAAAAUUGUAAAUAU